UUCACUGAAGCUGUUAACUUCGAGAGCUCAUUUUAUCUGUGGACACGUCAUCCUGCUCACUUUUUGUCGAGUCCCUUCCGAGCUGUUGAUCUCAACACUGUAAGAGGUUACCACAUUGCUGCUGAGCUAAGUCACCUGUGGAUUUUACUUUUGUUCUCAUAUCUGCUGGACAUCUUUGUUUUUAAAAAAAAUGUCCCACCCCAGCACUCUGGAUUUAGACAGAUACAGCAGCUUGGAGAAAUCUCGUCGCUCUACCAGUCGUAGCCAGUCCAGGUCCCUGGCCAGGUCUGAGGCCAAGUCAGGGGAAGUCCUGUGUGACUUCUGCACAAACAGGAAGCAGAAGGCUGAGAAGUCCUGCUUGGUGUGUCUGGCAUCCUACUGCGAGACCCAUGUCCAGACUCACUAUGACUACCCUGCCCUGAUGAAGCACAAACUGGUCAAAGCUACGGGUCAAAUGAGAGAGAAGCUCUGUGCACAGCAUGACAAGCUGCUGGAGGCUUUCUGUCGCUCUGAUGACACAUCGGUGUGUGUUCUGUGUAUGAUGGAUGAACACAAAAACCAUGACAUCGUCCCGGCUGGAACUGAGAGGACUGAGAAACAAAAACAACUUGGUGCAACGCUGCACAAAUCCCAGAUGCGGAUUGACCACAGAGUAAAGAAGUGGCAGGAUCUCAGACAAGCUGUUGAAUCAGUUAAACACUCAGCUCAAACUGCACUGGAGGAGAAUGAGCGGAUCUUCACUGAGCUUCUACUUUCCAUCGAGAGGAAGUACAAUGAAGUGAAGGAGAUGAUCCUCUCCCACGAGAAGACCACUGUGACACGGGCUGAGAUGGUGCUGGACCGCCUGGAGGAAGAGAUCACUCUGCUGAGGAAGAAACACACUGACCUGGAGAAGCUCUCACGCACUGAUGAUCACAUACACUUUCUGCAGAGCUGGCAAUCUCUGUCAGGCCCCUCGGGAUAUGAAGACCUCAACAACAUCAGUGUUGCUCCCAAUUACUCCUUUGAGAGCACCAAGAGAGCCGUCGCUGCACUGAAAUUACAAGUAGAGGAAGUCAGCAAGACAGAGAUGAGCAAAAUCUCUGGAGCAGUGAAGGAUGUGUACAUCACACAAGAAGUUGAGGCAAAGACAAGGAGAGAAUCAAGUUUGAGAGAAGAACCAAGGAUAAGGGAAGAACCGAGGAUAAGGGAAGAACUGAGGAUAAGAGAAGAACCGAGGACAAGAGAAGACUUCCUGAAAUACUCUUGCCAGCUGAUUCUGGAUGUCAACAGUGUCCAUCGCAACCUUCACCUCUCUGAGGGGAACAGAACAGCAACAAUGAAGAAUGAUCCCAAGAAUUACCCUGAUCACCAAGACCGAUUUGACCACUGGCAGCAGGUGUUGUGCAGGGAUAGCGUGGCUGGUCGUUGUUACUGGGAGGUAGACUGGAGGGGAACAGAGAUAGACAUCGCCGUGACCUACAGGGGAAUCCGCCGUAAAGGAAAUGGUAAUGAAUGCAGCCUGGGCUGGAACGACAAGUCGUGGAGUCUGUACUGCAAUGACUCCAAGUACACCUUCGUGCACAACAAUAAGAGCAAAGAGAUUGCAGCUCCAAUGUCAUCUCGUAUUGGCGUCUACCUGGAUUAUGCAGCAGGGACACUUGCAUAUUACAGUGUCUCUGAUGGCAUGCAGCUUCUGCACAGAGUCCAGACUGUAUUCACACAGCCUCUCUACCCUGCAUUCAGUGUGUGGGGCUUUGAUACUACCAUAAGACUGUAGGUACUAUAGUGCUAGUAAUUUGCAUCAAAUGUACACAGUAUUUUCAAUGUUGUGGUGAAAAGUUGAAACAAGGUGUUGAUUAAUUCUAUUUGUUCAACCUUUUGCUAACAGAUCUUUUUUUCCCAAAUGUAUGAACUUUUUCUAAAUAAUCAAAUUAUUCUGUUUUUGUUCCUUUGAUCACUGUUUUAAGGCAGGCUAGUCUACAAAAUGUGUCAGAUGUAAAUAGGAAGAAUAUGCAAUAACUGAUUACCAUGUUAUUUUUUACGAUGUUCCAUACUUUUCUCUUUGUUGUGUUAUAUAUAUAUAGCAUGUUAUAUUUAUAUCAUUGGUUUGUUAUAAAUAAAAUUAAACCACAGUCUCUAAAA